CUGCGGAGAUAGUGCGGCAGUCUGGUGGUGGAGGACGUGCAGACUGUCGAGAGAGCGACACGACUCCGUCAUUCAGAGUCGAGAGCUCGAGAGCGCAGUUCGCCGCGAACGACAUCAGCGGAGAGAAGAGAAGAAAAAACGAGAGCCGCGUUUUCAUUCGCGACUCGUUCGCCGUGCGUGCAGCACCAGCGUUAAUAUACAUAUACAUAUUUAAGUGCAAUGGAGGAGGUCAACAUCUACGAGACGAGCCGGACUAAUCACGUCGCUGGCGAUAAUGCACUGCUCGGGAACCAGGAUGCAAACGGAACCUGCCGGCUUUGUCUCGGGACCUGUAGCUCCACCGAUCAACGAUGGGCUCUGUUCGCUGGCGAUUUGCCCCAAAAGCUCAUGGCAUUCGCCGCUGUACAGGUUCAAGAAAAUGAUGGUUUACCUCGGGUUAUUUGCACAAACUGUCGCAAUCUAGUUUACAUGUCUUACAAUUUCAAAUGCCAAGUUGAAAAAUGUGAUCAAGAUCUUCGCCAUUCCCUUCUUAUGAGACAUUCGACAAACCAUUGGCCUGAAACUAUUACCACAAUAGAAUCUAUGGUACCAUAUGCUCAAAAAAACAUUAUAAAUUCUUGUAUGGCAAUCCAAAAUGAAGAAAACAGUACAAAUACCCAUGAGCAAUUUUUAUUCGAAAUAGGAAAUGCAUGUGACAUGAACAGCAGCAACAGUACGUUUGAACCUAAUAUCUUAGUUGCAAAAAAUAACACAGUAUCUCAAGGAAUGAGUAAUCUCUCAUUGGAAACCCAUAGAUGUCAGGAGAUUCAAAUCAAUUUUGAAGCCCAUUAUUCCAUGAAUGAGCAAAGUGAUAAGAAUAAUUUUAUUAGAACAGAAUCACAAGCAGUGAAAGAAAAUAGUAAUCAGAGUGAUGAUGAAAAACCUCUGAUAUUGCGAACAAAACGUCAUAAAUGCAAGUAUUGUAUAAAAUCAUUUGCCAAUCUAUCUUUGUUAGAAAAACAUGCGGUAAUUCACAAAAAAACACCUGAAACAACAUAUAGUUGUUAUUUAUGUGAUCAACAAUUUCCAUCAGUUGAUAAAGUUCAAAGUCAUGCAUUAUCUGUUCACAAUCUAGACAUGUGUAAAGAUAAAAUUAUGGACUACAAUAAGACACAAAGAAAUAGUGAUGCUAAUAAUAGAAAAAUAUGUGAUGAUAGCAAUAGCAAUGAAUCAAAUUCAUCGUUUUACAAUACAGAAGAUAACAGAAUUGGUCAAUUUUAUUGUAAAUUUUGUCCUAGACAGUUCACCUAUCACAAACCUUUUAUAGAUCAUAUCAAAACACAUCCAAAUUAUAGUGAUAAAUUAGUGAAAUUAGUGAACAAUUUGAAUGAAAUUCCAGAUGCUUCUUCACACAUUCUUGAUGAAGAAGGAAAUUCACAAUCACAAAGUUUUGAAAACAACGUACAAGAAAAUUCUAAUAAUAUUAAUGAUUUUACUGAUAGAAAUAGUACAGAUCUGACUGACAAUGAUGAUAAUGAUCUUAAUGAAGGUGAUAGCAGUAAUGAUAAUGAUUCAAAUGAUGACAAUAUACCUGAAUCAAGUAUACAAUGCAAUCAGUGUGGUGUACUUGUUGCCACAAUGAGGAAUCUCAAAAGACAUCUUUUGACUCACACUGGAUUUAAAUAUAAUUGUUCAAUAUGUGGCAAAGAUUUUUCAAGACCAGACAAACUUAAAGAACAUCAACAAUUAAAACACAAGGAAGAGUUGUUUGAUUCAGAUGAUGAAUCUGUGGAUGACAAUUCACCAACCAAAAGCAAAAAGGACAAAAGUAAUAGGCCUCACAAAUGUUCGAUAUGCCCAAAAGCAUUUGCUCAAGCUCAAUCACUGGCUAAUCAUGAAGAAAGGCACAGGCGCGCUCGAGAUGUGCAAAAACGUUAUUUGUGUGAAGUCUGUAGUAAAUGCUUUGCUCAGAGUGGUUCAUUAGUAGCUCAUAUGCGUACACACACAGGCGUAAAACCAUAUGUUUGCAAUAUUUGCAGUAGAGGUUUUACUAAAAGCACCUAUCUACAAUUGCAUCUUAGAACACACAGUGGAGAAAAACCAUACAUUUGUCAGUAUUGCAGCAGAGCUUUUGCUAGAGCAAAUACUUUGGCUAGACAUAUAACUAUGCAUACAGGAGAAGCUAAAUACCAAUGUCAAAUUUGCUCCAAGUCCUUUAGACGACUAACUUCUUUGAAUGAACAUACUUACACUCAUACAGGACAAAGACCUUAUGCUUGUAAAAUUUGUUCCAAAAGAUAUAAUAAUGCUGGAUCUUUGUAUGCACACACAAAAAAGUGUAAAGUUACACAAGCCAGUGGAGUACAGCAGAGCAAUGACGAAACACCACCACAAACUGACAUAGAUGCUGCAUCACAAGUUUUGAUUUUUACAGAAAAGAAAUCAGAUGAAACUAUAACUGACAAAACGAUCGCAACUGAACCAUCUUGUCAAUUUAUGGUCGCAAAUGUGCCUGAGCAAAAAACAAUGACAACAGAUAUGCUUGAACCAUUUACAAUUCAAGAGUCGCAGGUAUAUGAAUUAAAUUCAAAACAAUUUAAAACACCUUAUUAUGGGUUGUAUCCAAAUAUGUAAAAGCUUUUAUUUUUACCCAAGUGAGAUUUUCAUGAGUAUUUGUUUAGUUUUACUUCAGAUUAAGAUAACCUAAAUUGUAUGGCAAUAUCUUUUAACUAGUUAUUAUUGUCCACUUUGUUAUUCUUUUAUUGCUAUUAUUUCUUAAGGAUAUUGUUGAAUUAAUUACUAAAUAUUGUGAUAUUUAGUAGAAUACUAAAAAAUAGUACAUACAAUGUUAAGAUUUAUAAGAGCAUAUGAACUCAAAUAUUAUUUAUGAUGAAAAUAAUUUGUAUAUAUGUAUACAUAAUUUUCUAAGAUUCUCACAGAAAGUACCUGGAACGUAAAUAUACGUUCAAAGCGAGAUAAAUGUAUUAUAAUUAAAGACAAUCUUUUAAAAAUUAAUAACACUAUAAGUGCAAUGUACAGUGAAUCGAUUGUUUGUAAACUUUGUACAUAUACAUAAAAUGAUGAAUUAUCAAGUCAUUAUAAAGGCAUUAUACACA